AUGAUGGCGCCUUCGCGUCAGAUGGCUAGUGCUGUGCUCCUUGUCUUGUGCACGUUCUUGGCGUUGCAGGCGAUGGCGGCGAACGCCCACGGCGACGGCGGCGGCGGCGACGGCGGCGGCGGCGACGGCGUGACGAUGCAGGUGUUCGAGGAGUGGAUGGUCAAGUUCGGCAAGAGGUACCCGUGCCAGGGCGAGAAGGAGUACCGGUUCGGCGUCUUCCGCGAGAACGUCCGCUUCAUCCGGAGCUACCGGCCGCCGGCGAGCUACAACUCCGCGCUGCGCAUCAACCAGUUCGCCGACCUCACCAACGACGAGUUCGUGUCCACCUACACCGGCGCCAAGCCGCCGUGCAACAAGGAGGCGCCCCGGACGGUGGACCCCAUCUGGCUGCCGUGCUGCAUCGACUGGAGGUAUAAGGGCGCCGUCACCGAGGUCAAGGACCAGGGCGCCUGCGGAUCUUGCUGGGCGUUCGCGGCGGUGGCGGCGAUCGAGGGGCUGACGCAGAUCAGGACGGGGACGCUGACGCCGCUGUCGGAGCAGGAGCUGGUGGACUGCGACACCAACAGCUUCGGGUGCGGCGGCGGCCACGCGAACCGCGCGUUCGAGCUCGUCGUCGCCAAGGGCGGCAUCACGGCGGAGAGCGACUACCGGUACGAGGCGUCCGAGGGCAAGUGCCGCGUGGACGACGAGCUGUUCAACCACGCGGCGCGCAUCGGCGGGUACCGCGCCGUGCCGCCCAGCGACGAGCGGCAGCUGGCGACGGCCGUGGCGCGGCAGCCGGUGACGGUGUACAUCGACGCGAGCGGGCCGGCGUUCCAGUUCUACGGCUCCGGCGUGUUCGCGGGCCCCUGCAGUCCAGUUUCGCCCAACCACGCCGUGACGGUGGUCGGCUACUGCCAGGACGGCGCGUCGGGGAAGAAGUACUGGGUCGCCAAGAACUCGUGGGGCAAGACCUGGGGCCAGCAGGGCUACAUCCUCCUCGAGAAGGACGUCUCCUCGCCGCACGGCACCUGCGGCCUCGCCGUCUCCCCCUUCUACCCCACUGUGUAAUCGCCGCCGCCACCACCCUCG